AUGUAUCAACCUCUAGAUCGCGACACCUCCAACCGGUCGCCCCUCAAUACGAACAAGAGCCAACAGCUCAGUCAAGUUCGGCCCAUCGAAGGACAACAUGGCGACGCAAGCCGUAAAUCAAAGAGAAUACCCAACCAGGCACCGAAACGCCUCAGUCUUUUCCUCAAAUCCAGUCUCGUCGCAUCGUUGCUCUUCCUCGCAGGCGCCGUCGCCUUCAUAUCAUGGCUAUGGUGGGCACCCCACCAAGACGUUCGCUGGCGGAAAUGGGUCCUCGCCCCGAACCGGCUCCAACUAAGCAUAACUCUAUCCGCCGUCGUCAUCCGGACCGCGAUAGGCAUACUAGCGACGGCAGCAACGGCCAUGAUUACAUCCGUCGCGGUCGAGCGGAGGGGCGUAUACCUCCACGACAUCGCCCAAGUCUCCGUCGCGCGCUUUUCAAGUGAUGGUCCGCUAUCCCUCAGUCUCCUCGCCCUCACAAGCUCGUCGCUUCAGCCACUGGUCCGCGUGGUAUUCGCGCUCUUGGCUAUCACGACAAUUGCCACGCAGUUCACAUCCACGCUCCUCGUAGCGGAUCUCGAGCAGCGUCGGGUCGUCACUUUUCCGGACUCGGUAUCCAAUGCGUACACUUUUAUGACGGGAAACCUCUUGAGCGGUCGGCCGCCAGAAGCCGUCUCUGGGUACGCCCAUAACUACUGGAUCCAACGUCCGCGGCUCACAGAGACCUUUGCAGAGUAUACGGGCACGGCAGCAGAGGGGAAAGAACUCGAUGAUACCGGCCCAACGGUCAGGGCUUUCCUCCCGGUGGCAUCGCAGCAGGAACGCGAGUCGCUCCUCGAGUUCCAGGGCAUGGCCAGAGUCCUCGAUACGCGGUUCGUCUGCACGAGGCCGCAGCUGAGUAACGUCCGCCCGUGUAACGGGACAGACGGGUCGAUACGGCUCGAUCCCGACGUGGACGUUGCUGCUGCGGUGGGGUUAAUGUGGACGGAUAAUAUGAACUUUAACUUUAGCUGCCCUGUGACGGGAUACAUGGGGAGCCAGUACGAUUGGCAGAUUUGCGCGUACGAGACACUAAACUGGACGUCAUUUGACUGGUCUCUUCACAAUACCACGAGGAUGACGACGAUGAGAAUCGUGUGGGAUGCGGGGAGGCUUCAGAGAAACAUGAGCUCUGAUAGCUUGAGAUCGACGGUAAAGGUGCUGAGUUCGACAGGCAUUGGCCCGUGGACAAGGGAGUCUUUGCAUAUUAGGCUUGUUGACUCUGACACCGCUGAGAAAGACCAGUAUAUCAACUUCAACAUGACGAUGUGUGCACAAUUCUAUAACUACCCGGACUCGGUCCAGUAUCUCAACGUUUCCGCAACCAGCUCAAGCAACAGAACAGAACCAACCUACGAAUGGGAUGUUGAGAGAGAGAUCUACGACACGAGCGCAGUGCGCAGACAACUAGGCGCCGUCAAGGACGCCUCCUCGCUAUCCCACGAAGACCGCCAGAUUCUGUCCAUCAGCAAAGACAGUUUAGACUCGGCCUUAUCCGAGGCUCGCGAUGGCUCUCAAUGGCAACAGUACGCCGCCGACCGCUCCCUGACAUGGUUCUUCGACCGGGUCACCUACUUCCGGAUGCCUUCUAUGCCCAUCGCCUUCUGCCUCUACUGUGCUCCCAAUUUCGAUUCCCAGGACGGUACCAGCGACGUGGUGUAUGAGCGACUAUUUGGUGACACUAUUGACGAGACGGGGUAUCCGGCCCGUGCGAUGCAGGCGGUGUACUUUACCCUUGCGCGGCUUGUCUACUACGACUUUCUCAGCGCGUUCUCUCCCAAUUAUGCCGCACCCGGAACGGACACCGCGGAUGUUGUCACAUUUGAGUUGACAUCAAUCCCAUGGCGUUUUAGGGGGUACCUAGCCGUCGUGGGGAUCUUGGUCGUCUUCCUGGCCUCGUUCGCUGCGGCUGCCGUGCUGUUCCGGUCUACGCGGUACAGUCUACCCGAGAAUGCGUGGCACACUGUUGCGCAAAUAUCAGAAAGUCCCGAGCUGGCAAACUUGCUCCACGACGCAAGAGUUGCCACUGACGAUGACGUGGGCCGUCUGGCGAAGGCCUCCAAGUCUGAUCGCUUUGCUGUAAGGGAUGGCGUUUUCACUCGAGCGUCGGGGGUAGGUCUGGAUAUGGAGCUCGAGUCGAAUCAGUCCCGGCAUCGACUGACGACGCAUGAGCAAGUUUUGUAG